GACUCGGCCGCUCGGAGACGGUAACGGGGGGGAGGGAACGCAGGGCGACGUUCUUGCUGCCGCUACGCUACGGGAGCCGGGACGCAGACAUACUUGUCACCCCGUCGCUCAGACUUCAUGUGAACAAAUGGCAAAUGCUGAAGUAAGCAUCCCUGUAGGAGAUGUGGUGGUUGUGCCAACUGAAGGAACGGAGGGGGGAAACCCAGAAGAUACCAAAACCCAGGUUAUAUUACAACUACAGCCGGUGCAGCAAGGCAGAAUUUAUCAAGAGGGCUCUGAAACUAAUGCGGCCGUGAUGGCUGUAGAAACGCAUACCAUACACAAACUUGAAGAUGGCAUCGAUGCCAGUGCCCUUGAAAGCAAUGAGGAAAUUGAGAUUGCCUACCCCAUUACCUGUGGAGAUAGCAAGGCCAUCUUGCUCUGGAAGAAAUUUGUGUGCCCAGGAAUUAAUGUCAAAUGUGUUAAGUUCAAUGACCAGCUUAUCAGCCCCAAGCACUUUGUUCACCUGGCUGGCAAGUCCACCCUGAAGGACUGGAAGCGAGCCAUCCGCCUAGGAGGAAUCAUGCUGAGAAAGAUGAUGGACUCUGGGCAAAUUGAUUUCUAUCAGCAUGACAAAGUGUGCACCAACACCUGCCGAAGCACCAAAUUUGAUCUCCUGUUCAGCAGUGCCAGGGCCCCAGUACCAGGACAAACAAGCCUGGUACAGACUCCCACUUCUGCUGAUGGAAGCAUCACUCAAAUUGCAGUGUCUGAGGAAAGUGUAGAAGAAGGGAUUGAAUGGAAUUCUGCUAUGACAGCAGCAGUCACUAUGGCAACUGAUGAGGGAAUCAAGAAAGACCCAGAGGAGAUUUCAGAGGAGAUGCUGAUGUUUUGGAAAGGCAUUGCUGAUGUGGGCUUGAUGGAAGAAGUGGUCUGUAAUAUUCAGAAGGAGAUAGAGGAGGUGCUAAGAGGGGUACAGCAGAGGCUUGUCCAGUCCCCCUUCCAGAUUACCGAUGCUGCUGUUCUAAAUAAUGUCGCUCACACUUUUGGCCUGAUGGACACAGUGAAAAGAGUGCUGGAUAACAGGAAGAGUCAAACAGAUCAGGGAGAGGAGCAAUUUCUUAACACUCUUGCAGCACUAGAUCGCCAACUAGAAGAGCAGAAGAAGUUCGCCAGGAGCCCAUCCAUUCAGAAUGUGGUCCUGAUGCCAGUCAACACUCCAAAGCCUCCCAAAAGGCCCCGGUUGAAACGUCCCGCUUCGGCCACAGUUCUAAGCCCCUCGGCUCCCAUCCAGCAACCUCAAUUCACCGUCAUCUCGCCCAUCACCAUCGCACCCAUGGGACAGCAGUUUUCCGUUAGCAACAUUCCAAUGGCCACAAUCAGCCAGGGCUCCAGCCCAGUGACUGUCCACACAUUGCCCUCAGGUUCCCAGCUCUUCCGCUACGCCACCGUGGUUUCUUCCUCCAAAACCAGCACGUCUGAUACAGUGACACUUCACCCCUCCUCAAGCUUAGCCCUGCUGAGCUCAGCAGCGAUGCAGGACAGUGGGACCCUUGCCAACGUGGCCACCAUGGUGAAUCCUGUGGAACUGGUGGCCAUGGAGUCUGGCCUGACUUCUACCAUCCAGGCUGUCGAAGGCACUUCGGAGGACGGACAGACAAUCAUAGAAAUAGACCCAGCGCCUGAUCCAGAAGCCGAUCCUGAAGAAUCAGGGGGGAAAGCUGUGAUUUUGGGGACAGAAUUGAGGACUGAGGAGAAGGUGGUGGCUGAGGUUGAUGAACAUCAGCACCAGGUCCAUAAUGUGGAGAUCGUAGUCUUGGAGGACUAGUCAACAAGCCAUCCUGCCUUGCUAAAUGAUUGUUCACCUCUUACCUUUUCUAUUGGUUUGAUCCCCCUUUUCUUUUUUGCUUUUACAGCCUUGUUGCAGGUAAGUUUACACGAAUGCUGGUGAUCAUUUUUAAGCAGUCAUUUUCUCUAGUGGGGAACGAGCAGGCAGGCUGCGGAUGUGUGUGGAUGAUGGUUUGUUGGGAAAAGGGAGAGGUCAGAACUUUUCCUGCCUAGUGAAAGGGGAAACAAGCCAUUGCUGUUAUUCCCUCGGGGAGGAGGGGUGGCAAGUCCGUAGACCCAGAUUUGAAGCGAUCCUUCUUGGAUUGUCCGCCUCAGAAACAAAGCCGGCUCCUUGGAAAUGUAACGACUGGAUGAGUAAUGACCUUAAAGCAAGAGCUUCCGUCUGGACCUUGAGCUCUUCUUCACCCUGGGAAGGGAGAUUCCAUGUCCAUUUCUGACUCUCCCAGCAUUUUGCAUUUUUGGAUGUGGCAGAAGAAAACAAAGCACUCUGAUUGAUCAGGUCACCAGCCCUUCUUUGGAAUGUACUGUGUUUUUUUUUGUUUUUUUGUUUUAAUAUUUUCCUUAAGCUAUUUGCCCAUUUGUGGCUUCAAAAAUUGGAUCCUUGGCUUUUCGUUUUUGUACUUUCUCCAGCAGUUUUUCUUUUCCCUCGGUUGUUACAAGACUUCUAGGAAAUGCUUACGCUUUAUGCCCACGCAGGCACAUACAGGGAGAAACUAGGAACUGAUAACGGCAGAUGCAGCACCCAACGACCACCUGCUCUCGCAAGUACAGAACCGAUAACCUGGAUGUCUGUAUACGUGGCGGGAGAAUUGGGCUCAGCAAGUAGGGCAUGCCUGCCGCUUACUCGGCACUCUGGGAAACCAUAACAUGCUGGCUUAGGUGUGCGUGUGUCUCUGUGUGUGUAUGUUUGAUGUUCAUAAUUUUUUGGGG